GUAAGCGCUUAGGGCCGGUAGCUGUUCUCCUUCUCCUUACAAUUCAUCUCCAGCUUUGGUAAUAUAAAGAUGACCACGUUUCUCUUUAUACAGAAAACCAAAAAGACCAUCGCAAGAGGUCCCAGGGCUUGAGCAGCAGACGACGUCUUCAAACGCAACUCUCUAGAUUCGCAUUCGCAAGUUGUAGAGCAGGACAAGAGGAAGUUAAUGUUGCGAGCGAUCGCUCAUGACUAGUGUCAUAUGACAGGUUUUAAAAAUGGCUGAAGGGGAGAGUUGCAACUUACCUGCGGUGGUGGAACAGAAAGAGGACUUUGAAGUCAUUGAUAGUACUCAGAUCCCCAGCGCUUCUGAACUGAAAAGCGAUGGCAAAGAAAAGGCGUCUGAAGACUCCGGAUGGUCCGCUCCUAUCCUCUCACUGGCCAAGAAAGCAUCCGAAAACUUAGCAGUGAGCUAUGGAAAUGCUCUGAAGUCUGCAGCCUUGGCAGGACUCGUGCCCAAACCAGUCAGCAAUGACAGCACAGCAAAACAAACGGCCAAAUAUCAAACAAUGGAAGAACGAGCAAAUCUCAUGAAUAUGAUGAAGCUGAGCAUUAAAGUCUUGAUCCAGUCAGCUCUGAGUUUGGGUAGGACUCUGGAUUCUGACUUUCCUCCCCUGCAACAGUUCUUUGUGGUGACAGAACACUGUCUCAAGCAUGGGCUUAAAGCUAAAAAGAGUUUUAUGGGUCAGAACAAAUCGUUCUUUGGACCUUUAGAACUGGUGGAAAAACUUUGUCCAGAAGCAUCAGAUUUAGCAACAAGUGUCAGAAAUCUACCAGAGUUAAGGACUCCAGUAGGAAGGGGCAGAGCUUGGCUUUAUCUUGCCGUUAUGCAAAAGAAGCUGGCAGACUACCUGAAAGUACUCCUGGACCACAAGAAUCUAUUGAGUGAAUUUUAUGAGCCUGAUGCCUUGAUGAUGGAAGAGGAAGGAGCAGUGAUUGUAGGUCUUCUAGUGGGACUGAAUGUAAUCGAUGCAAAUCUCUGCUUGAAAGGAGAAGAUUUGGAUUCCCAGGUUGCAGUAAUAGAUUUUUCCUUAUACCUUAAGGAUCCACAAAGCAGUGAUGAUGGCAAAGAAGAUGGAGGAAUUACUGCUGUAUUAGAUCAGAAGCAUUAUGUAGAAGAACUUAACCGUCAUCUAAGUUGCACUGUUGGAGACCUUCAGAGCAAGGUAGAGUGCUUGGAAAAAAACAAUUCAAAGCUCCAAGAUGAGCUGACAGCAGCAACAGAUCGGAUCAGGGCUCUUCAGAAAGAACAGCAGGAGUUGAAGCAGGAAAAUGAUUUAAUCCGGGAACGAAGUGAAAAGCAUGUUGAGGUAACUAAACAGGACACCAAAGUUGAACUGGAAACAUAUAAGCAGUCACGCCAAGGCCUGGAUGAAAUGUACAGUGAUGUCUGGAAGCAACUGAAGGAAGAGAAAAGAAUCCGAAUGGAGCUGGAAAAAGAGCUGGAACUGCAGAUUGGAAUGAAAACAGAAAUGGAAAUUGCUAUGAAACUCCUGGAGAAAGAUACUCAUGAAAAACAAGACUCAUUGGUUGCCCUGCGGCAACAGCUGGAGGAAGUUAAAGCUAUCAAUUUGCAGAUGUUUAACAAAUCUCAGAAUGCAGAGAGCUCUUUGCAACAGAAAGAAGAAGCAAUAUCAUCCUUUGAGGGCAAAACGCAUCAGAUGAUGUCUUCUGUGAUGCAAAUGGAGGACAGAUUGCAACAUGCAGAAAAGGCAAGGAAGGCUGCAGAAGAGAAAAAUGUCAAGCUGAAGCAAGAGCUGGGUGGUAAAAUUGAGACCAUGAAGCAACAACUAAUCCAACUGGAUAACAAAUGUUCGGUUCUUGAGAAAGAGUUAAAAUCUGAGAAAGAACAGAGGCAGACUCUGCAACAAGAGCUGCAUCAAGAGAAGGACAUGACAGCUUUGUUAAAAACAAAACUGCAGCAAGUGGAAGGGCUGAAAAAAGAGUUACGAAAACUGCAGGAAGAGAAGCAGCAGUUGGAAAAGGUUUGUGAAGAACAGGAUCAAGCUCUUCAAGAAAUGGGGCUUCACCUUAGCCAAUCCAAGCUUAAAAUGGAAGAUAUUAAAGAAGUAAAUAAAGCACUAAAGGGCCAUACCUGGCUGAAAGAUGAUGAAGCAACCCACUGUAAACAAUGUGAGAAAGAGUUCUCCAUUUCAAGAAGAAAGCACCACUGUCGAAACUGCGGUCACAUCUUUUGCAACACUUGUUCCAGUAAUGAACUUGCACUUCCAUCCUAUCCAAAGCCUGUACGAGUUUGUGAUACUUGCCACACUUUACUGCUUCAGAGGUGUUCAUCAAAUUCUUCCUAAGACAUUACUUUGUUUCAGGAGAACUAUGUAAGACUGAACAUUUAAUAGGCUUUCCAGGAAUCUAAAAUGCUGCCAUUCUUGAUGUAUCAUACAACUUUAGCUAUGGUACUAAUUUUGCCAUGUUAGAAUGGGACAAGGAAGAUUUAAUGUAUAAAAAUGAAUCUUACAGAAAUUAUGGAAGUGAAAUAUCUUGCAUUGAUCAAGUGCCAGAAAAACUCAUACCCUAAAAAUGUGCUCAAUGUGCCGCACCUUUGGGGUGCACAGUCACACUCCUGGUUUUGUUUUUAAAUAUAAAAAGCUAUUUUGUUUGUAUUUAACUUUGUACUUUACAUUUGUACAUUUGAUCUUUAAACAAAUUAGUUUUCUGAACACUUUUUUCCUCAUAUGUUUACCUACUGUAAAUGUUUGCACCUAAAUAUUCUGCUAGAUUUGUAUUUAGUCAGAUGAAAAUGUCAUCUUACAGUUUGUCCCUAUGGAAAAUGUUUUAAAGGAAUGUGUAAAUGAAUGUGCCUUCACUAUAUUUCAAAGGGUAAAUAGAGUAUUCAAAGAGUAAAUAGAUUCUUGUGUUUCUAAAGCACCUAUAAAAUAGUGAUUAUGCAAUAAAUACUGUUAAAAAGCAUUAAACAAAUUGAUUUGCACCUUCA